UGUGACGUCACGAGGCCGGGCGUGACGCGCCGGCGGCGCUGGGAGCGGGCCGGGACCGCGCUCGCCGCCCGCCCCUCGCACUACGGGUCGCGGCUGGGGCCGCCCCGGUGGCGGGGACGCGGCCGCCCCCGGCCCCGCCCUCGCCCCGCCGCUCCGGCCCAAGAUGGCGGCGCUGAGCAGCGGCGGCAGCGCCGAGGGGGCCUCGCUCUUCAACGGGGACAUGGAGCCCGAGCCGCCCGCGCUCGGCGCCGGCUACGCGGGGGGCGGCAGCGGCGAGCCGGCCAUCCCGGAGGAGGUGUGGAACAUCAAACAGAUGAUUAAAUUGACACAAGAGCAUAUAGAAGCACUGCUAGACAAAUUUGGAGGAGAGCAUAACCCACCUUCAAUAUAUCUAGAGGCCUAUGAAGAGUACACCAGCAAGCUUGAUGCUCUACAGCAGAGAGAACAGCAGUUACUGGAAUCCAUGGGGAAUGGAACUGAUUUCUCUGUCUCCAGUUCAGCUUCAACAGACACAGUUGCAUCAUCUUCCUCCUCUAGCCUCUCUGUAGCACCUUCAUCCCUUUCAGUGUAUCAAAACCCUGCUGAUAUGUCACGGAAUAACCCUAAGUCUCCACAGAAGCCCAUUGUUAGAGUCUUCCUGCCCAACAAGCAAAGGACUGUGGUUCCAGCAAGAUGUGGAGUGACAGUCCGAGACAGCCUAAAAAAAGCGCUGAUGAUGAGAGGUCUUAUUCCAGAAUGCUGUGCUGUUUACAGAAUACAAGAUGGAGAGAAGAAGCCAAUUGGCUGGGACACAGACAUUUCCUGGCUCACAGGAGAGGAGUUGCAUGUGGAAGUUUUGGAGAAUGUGCCACUCACAACACACAAUUUCGUACGCAAAACGUUCUUCACGUUGGCGUUCUGCGAUUUCUGUCGGAAGCUGCUUUUCCAGGGGUUCCGCUGCCAGACUUGUGGCUACAAAUUUCACCAGCGCUGUAGCACAGAAGUGCCACUGAUGUGUGUUAAUUAUGACCAACUUGAUUUGCUGUUUGUCUCCAAGUUCUUUGAACAUCACCCCAUACCACCGGAGGAGGCCUCCUUAGGAGAGACCACCCCAGCAUCUGGAUCAUACCCCUCAGUGCCCCCCUCAGAUUCUGUUGGACCACCAAUUCUCCCUAGUCCUUCUCCUUCAAAAUCCAUUCCAAUCCCACAGCCCCUCCGACCAGCAGAUGAAGACCAUCGGAAUCAAUUUGGGCAACGCGACCGAUCCUCUUCAGCUCCCAACGUUCACAUCAAUACAAUCGAGCCAGUCAAUAUUGAUGACUUGAUUAGAGACCAGAGUUUACGAGGAGAGGCAGGCUCAGCUGCAGGCUUGUCUGCAACACCUCCCGCUUCUUUGCCCGGGUCACUAACCAAUGUGAAAGCGUUACAGAAAUCACCAGGACCCCAGCGGGAAAGGAAGUCAUCCUCAUCCUCAGAAGACAGAAAUCGAAUGAAAACUCUUGGUCGACGGGAUUCAAGUGAUGAUUGGGAGAUACCAGAUGGACAGAUCACAGUUGGACAAAGGAUAGGGUCUGGAUCAUUUGGAACAGUCUACAAAGGAAAGUGGCAUGGUGAUGUGGCAGUGAAAAUGUUGAAUGUUACGGCACCCACACCUCAACAGUUACAGGCUUUCAAAAAUGAAGUAGGAGUGCUCAGGAAAACACGACAUGUGAAUAUCUUGCUUUUCAUGGGUUAUUCAACAAAACCCCAGUUGGCUAUUGUUACACAAUGGUGUGAAGGGUCCAGUUUGUAUCACCAUCUACACAUCAUUGAGACCAAAUUUGAAAUGAUCAAGCUAAUUGAUAUUGCACGACAGACUGCACAAGGCAUGGAUUAUUUGCAUGCCAAGUCAAUCAUCCACAGAGACCUCAAGAGUAAUAAUAUUUUUCUUCAUGAAGACCUCACAGUAAAAAUAGGUGAUUUUGGUCUAGCAACAGUGAAAUCACGAUGGAGUGGAUCCCAACAGUUUGAACAGUUGUCUGGUUCCAUUUUAUGGAUGGCACCAGAAGUUAUUCGGAUGCAAGAUAAAAACCCAUAUAGUUUUCAGUCGGAUGUGUAUGCAUUUGGGAUUGUUCUCUAUGAAUUGAUGACUGGACAAUUGCCGUACUCCAACAUCAACAACAGGGACCAGAUAAUUUUCAUGGUGGGACGAGGAUACCUAUCUCCAGACCUUAGCAAAGUACGGAGCAACUGUCCCAAAGCUAUGAAGAGACUAAUGGCAGAAUGCUUAAAGAAGAAAAGAGAUGAGAGACCCCUUUUUCCACAGAUUCUUGCCUCCAUUGAGCUUCUGGCCCGGUCAUUGCCAAAAAUUCACCGCAGUGCAUCUGAGCCCUCAUUGAACCGGGCUGGCUUCCAGACAGAGGAUUUUAGUCUAUAUGCUUGUGCUUCUCCAAAAACACCCAUCCAAGCAGGGGGAUACGGAGAAUUUGCAGCGUUCAAGUAGCCACAGCACCAUGGCAGCACCCACUCUGUUAUUUAAGUCUUGUGUUCCUACAGUUUCUUAACAUCAGAGCUCCAUUCUGCUCCGCAAAACCUAAAGUAAUUUAGAAAAGAUAUCCAUAAGCUUAAAAGUGGAGCAGAAUGGAACCACCAGUCCAACACAAUGGGAAAAAGUACCUUUUUGGGAACCAGAGUCCUCUGCUGCCAGUGUUUCUCCUUCAACACAAACCACCACGUGCAUUCGGAGAUCUGCAGUGGCUGCCUGUGCCGUUGGCAUCACUCCCAGCAGAGAGGAGAGGGCUCAUGGUGUGCCUGUGGUGCUCGGGCGCGAGGGGACGGAGCUGCUGCUGCUGCUGCUGACCUUAGGAGACUUGCUUUGGAUGGGCUGCCGGCCGCCUUUCUCCCUCUAACAGCGUAACCAUCAGAGGCUGAACGUCUGAUGAGUGCUAAUUUCAAAGAAUCAUUUUCCAUUCUGAUCCUUUUUUUUUCCUGGUGUACUUACUGAUUUACAGACAAAGCAGUAUCCCCUUUUCGCUGUAUUACGGUGUCAAACACCUCAAUCUGUCUGUAUUGCUGGGGUUUAUUCCUUUAAAAUUAAAAGUGUGGGGCAGUGGGAGCUGGAGAUGUUAUUCUGAAGGCAGAGAGGUUCAUCUGAAGGAAAAGGGGAUGCUGCCACACCUUUUUUUCAGAUUUACUUUACCACAUCUUAAAAAGAACAAACAACAACCACCAUCUUUAACCUUUUUCCUUUUCGAGUAUUUUCUUGGUGUGUGCAUACACAACAUCUUUUUGAAGGAUUAGGUUGAUCCUUUUUUUGUUGGUCCAGCAACAAACUGAAGUUUAAAAAAAAUGUAGCAAGAUUGUCCUCUUUUAUUUUUUUUUUUGUAUCAUGUGAUACAAUGUAUUUAUCAAAGAUGCUACUGCAGCAUCUAAAGUCUGUAGAAAUCCUGAUACAGACUGUGAAUGGUGUAUGUACCUACUUUAAAAGUUUUAUUUUAAACGAGGGUGCAGGUUAAUGCCAGGUACCUUACCAAUAUGUAAUGUUUUCAUAAAUGAGGAAAAAAGUUCUCAGGUUGAAUUGAAUUCAAAUACAAUCCCCCCCUAGAAUUAGACAUUCCAAAAAUUAUGUUUUGGUACUUUCAAGAGCUUUUUUUAAAGGAUUUUUAUCCUGUUAACUAAACGUCCUCUGAUAAGUGUGUGUGUAAAUGUGGAGCAUCUUGUCCUAAUGGCAAGUUGUUAGAUCAAAACAAAACGGUACUUGCUGGAUCCACGCUGACUACUCCUCCUCUCAUUGCUUUCCUCCCUGUCAUCUCUUCCCUUCUGCUUGUCUUUCCCUUCUGUACACUUUGCAAACUAGGACAAAGGUGGCGGUGUCUCCAUUAGAGUGCUUUGUUUUCCUGUCCUCCAGUCCUGGUUUUCAAAUGGUUAGUAGCUUUUUGAAAAGUUACCCAGUCAGGGAAAACAACAACUCGUAGAAUUCUGCACAUCAUUUACCUCUAGCAGUAUAUGUCGCGAUGUGAUCUGCUUGCAGAGUUCUCUGGUAUGUGGUAUUACCUGUAAAUUGUUUGUACAAAGGCAAGGCAGACCACAUUGGAAAGAAACUCAAGCUCAGACAGAAGUUUCCAGAAUUUGAUUCAUAUCAGCCCUGUGCCACUCCAGAGGAGGCAGGAGAACUGACCCCUCUCUAGCAGAGAGGUUCUUGCUGGGAGGAGGUGGGGAGUUUUUAACAAAAUCAUGACAAAUAAAUGAAGGAGUUAAAUGUGUGUGAAUGUGGUGUCCAUGCUAAACGUGGAUAUACCGAGUGAGGGUGCUGUCCUUCCCUCCCUAGGGAAAGGGGACUGUUCCUGCCUGCAGAAGGUUGCUCCCAGAUGAAGGGAGAGAAGCACAUUGGAAGUAGAAGGUGUUUUUAAUAACCUGCAAUUUUGCUGUGUUGCUGGUAGUCUGUUACGUUUGUCAGUAAAUAUUUACUGGGGCUAUAGGGACCGGACUGAUCUGAAGUGGGAAUUAAAACUGAAAUACUGUGUAUUCAUAUUAAUUCCACAAACAUUAGCAAGAUAGCAAUAGUAAAUGACUUAAUAGUCACUACAAGAAUGAAGUGAUUCAUGUUGAAACAUGAACAGAAUUGAUUUUGUGUAUGGGACACAUUUUAAAAACGAAGGAAAAAAAAGCACAAAUUUUUUUCUUGUCUGCUGUGGGUCUUCAGAUGCUGUAAGGUUUUUACCUUAAUGAGGUUAGCAGAAAUUUAAAAAGUAGCAAUAGCCACUUUCCAGUGUGGAGAAGCUGAUGCAGAGCAGUGGUAGCAGAUGGAGUGCUCCCUGGUGAUCAUCUGAGGCCAGUACCUGAGAGGUGGAGGGAGCCUGGGGCCAUGGUGGCAGCAGGCAGGUGAGAGCACUUACCAGAUACAGGCUCCCAGGGGGAAAGGAGUCCCUGCUUCUCCUUUCACCCUGUGAUUGGCUCCAGCCCCUUUAUGGGCUGUGGCCCUAUUUGUACAUGUCAGGGAUACUGAGGUCAAGGUUCUCUCAAAAGAAGCUGUUAACAGAGCAAGUAUGGACAGGUGGUUCAACACUCAUUUGUUUCACAGAGCUUGUUAAAAUCUCUCGUUUCCUUCCAUAAAGUCAUGCUGGCAGAAAAUUCUCUGUUAGGAACUUCAUUCUAUCUUUGCUUAAAAAGAACUUACUUUGGUGAAGAUUCAUUACCCAUUAGUCUACAAUAUGCUUCUUGAGCCCAUAGGAAAAGCACAAGGAAAAUUGCUAUCCUUGUCCAUGCAAAGCACUUUAUAAGUAACACAUGAUCUCUUGGGUUUUUUUUUUACUGGGGUUUGUUUGUAGUUUUGUUUUUCUUUUUUUGUUUCUGGUUUUGGUUGGUUUUUUCCCUGAGGAAUGUGCAAGUUGUUUGGCUGCUGUUUAGAGAAGUCCUUUCAGGAUGCAUUUCUACUGGUUUUCUUGUUUGUUUCCCUCCAGAUAGCUGUAGUAAUGUGUGUUUGUCUGUAAGAGUUCCCAGGUAAUGCUCAUGCAAAACUUUGAAAGAAAUGUAGUUUGUAAAUAAUUGGGAUUAUUUUUGGUUUUAUCUUUUACUUUAGGAGUUUUUCUGGAUGUCUUGCAUGCCAUCAGAGCCAGUCUUAAAGAUGCCCUGUAGCUAUUUAGUGAAUGGGGACUCAAGAAUAGAUGAGAAAGGAGUGCUCUCUGUAGCAGUGGGAUGAAGGAAGUAAGCUGAAAUGACCAAUACAUUCAUGCAUGUUACCCUAAACUCCUUAAGCUCCUUCGUGGUGUCCCAGCCACGGGCACAUGCCAUAGUAUGGAAAUGUGAGUACACCCUUCAUGUGCACAUGUUGGGACAAACACCUAGAGAGUCAUUCUGCUUCUUUUAGCUCUAUAGUAUCUUGUAUUCCUAAUCAUUUGCAAAAGUACCAGUAUCCAGUCCCAGCUAUUCAUAUCUUUUUCAACCAGGCACAGACCUUCCCCUCCGCCUUUCCUUUUCCAUACAGGUGACAGAGGUCUGUUACCUGCUAAACCUUCCUGCUGAGUAUGUGAUUGUUUCCCCUGGCAUAUUUGCCAGAACUGCAGCAUUGUGGUGGAGCUCAAACCAAAUGGCAGGGAUAUAGAAGCCAGGUUACUUUGAAAGUAAUUGCUGUGUCAAUUAAGCCCUACAUAGCCCCAGAUACAAUUAGCCCAGUCAUUUCUUUUUUUUUUUCCUAAACUCAUGCAGGUCAUUAGAUGAAUCCACUUCUGCUUUUUAUGCUUACCCAAAAUCAUCUUUUCUUGUACUUGAAUGCUCUAGCAGCUGAUAAUGAUGCAGAAUGUUUGAGAACAAAUACUUCAUUUUACUAUGGUGUCUUAGCAUCACUUGGGUUAGUAUGUGCUCCUUGGAGGCAGAAUUUGGCCUUUGUAACAUAAAAUGAGUGAAAUUGUGAUUGUUGAUAAAUACCAUGUCUUUCCAUAAAUGCCCAGACUGGGGGAAAAGUACCCCAGAGAUCACACAUAAAUAGUUUUUCUUCUGUGUUUGCCUGUGGGUGUAAAUGUAUCCAGCAUUCUACAGAAGGCUGAGGGAAGCCAGAUCCCCAGAUACCUCACAAACAAGUACGGAUUGAAGCUUUGAUAUCUGCAGGGACUAAAUUAGGGAAGAAGCAUGUAGACAUUUCACGCUUCUGCAGCCUCUAGAAUUCAUUCCCUUCUUGACUGUGAGUGCAGCAUUUGUAGCACAAAUUCUUCAUAGUACUGUAGACACGUCCUCUGUUGAUAAAAUGUAUCACCAGUAGCACAGUGGGACAGGCAAAGCUUCUAAGUACAGUCAAGUUAAAAGGCAGCUGCAUGAGUGGCCUCUUGGGCAUCACUCUGAAGGUGCUGAGUGUUCUGGUUUUCUGUGAUGCAUUUUACGUAGAAGUUUAUGAAACAAACUUUGUUUACUGCAGCCUUGUUACUGUGCAUUUGCACUUGAUGUUUGUUUUGGCAUGCAUUUGAAAGACUUGUCUUCACUGUUUCAUUACUUCAUACCAACUUCAUACCCACCAUAUGAUGUUUAGCCAGGGCAAGUACUGGAUUCUGCACCUGAGGUGGAUAACCCUGGCUGUGUGUAUAGACUGGGGGAUGAGAGGCUGGAGAGCACAAAGGGACCUGGGAGUCCUGGUUGAUGGCAAGUUGAACACAAGCCAGCAGUGCCCUGGCAGCCAGGAGGGCCAACCUGUCCUGGGGGCACAGGCACAGCAUGGCCAGGUGGGCAAGGGAGGAGAUAGUCCUGCUCUGGGCUGGGACCUCGGCCUCACCUCGAGUGCUGGGAUGCCACAGUGUAAGAAAGACUAUUCCUAUUAGACUAUUACUAAUGAACUGUUAGAGAGUGUCCAGAGGAGGGCCAUGAGGAUGGUGGAGGGGAAGCCAUAUGAGGAGCAACUGAGGUCUCUUGGUGUGCUUAGCCUGCAGGAGACUGAGGGGAAACUCACUGCAGUUACAGCUUCCUCAUGAGGGGAGGAGGAGGGGCAGGCACUGAUCUCUUUUCUGUGGUGACCAAUGACAGGACCCAAGGGAAUGGCCUGAAGUUGCAUGAGGGGAUGUUUAGGUUGAAUAUCAGGAAAAGGUUUGUCAUCCAGGAGGUGGUCAGACACUGGAACAGGGCAGCGGUCACAGCACCAAGCCUGACAGAGUUCAAGAAGCAUUUGGACAAUGCUCUCAGGCACAUGUGGUGAUUCUUGGGGUAUCCUGUGCAGGGCCAGGAGUUGGACUUUGAUGAUCCUUGUGGGUCCCUUCCAACUCAGCAUAUUCUAUGACACUGUGGUUCUUACCUUAUAAAUUAUCAGAAGAGCAGAGCCAGAUUGUUAAAAUGAAAAAGUUUGCAUUUGAGUUUCAAGGAUGCUAACACAGAAGCUACUAAGAGUGAAUUCAGAUGCAAACUUAACUUCUCUCUUUUUAGAAAAGAGAGCUACCAAGACCCUCUGUUCGAUGGUUUACAUAGGGAUCCCCAAAAACAGUUUUUGUAGUUUGCCAAAUGAUCAUGUGCCUUUGCAACCUUAAGAAGUACAACAGAAUGUAAGCUGGGUGCUUUGUAACUAGAGCAGUGUCUUUGGUUUACAUCUGCUGCAGUAGUUUUGUAUAUAGCUAUCCCUGUAGGUAGGUAGUUUGGAGUUGGUCAGCUCCUGUAAAGGAGCAAGGAGGGCAGAGAGCAUUCCCCAAAACACCUGUUAGCAUUUCAAAGCUAAGAAUUGAAGGAUACCGAAUUUAGUUACAGUAAUCCUGCUGCUGGAAAUCUGCACUAUCAACAGGUAGUGAGGCUCAUUUAACUUAAAAACAAGUAAGCCCUCCUUCCCUUCCAAAGACACACAGAUCUUGUUAAAGAAAGCUCCAAAGAGGCCCGAAGCUACACUCUUCUAUCACCUUGGAAUGAGAUGGUAGAUGGAGAAUGAGAGCUAGAUGAGGAGAAACUGGUGGUUAGCAUUCAUGUAAUCAAGGUUCACAUGUAUCAGACCAUACAAUUAGUUCCUUGUCCCAGAAAAUGCAGUAAGUUUUGUUUCUAGAAUGUCAGCAGGUUUCCUCACUGCUUCCCCUGGGCCUCUUGCAGUUGCUGUCCAGUGCUCACAUCCUGUUAUUGCACAUGAACUGUGGGAAAUGUAGGUGUCUUGUCAGCUGAGGGACAGCCAGUAGGUGUGAAUUUGAUUUUUUCAGCUUUCAAACUGGUUACGUAGACUUCUGGCAGUACCUACGUGUCAGUGUCAUAUUUAACCUACUUGUCCAUGAAGGACAAAAUAAUGGGUUUGGCUAUUAAUGCUUUUUCAGAUAUUUUCCUUUUCUUCCUUGGGGUAGGACUUUUGGCAUAAUUGUAACUUACAAAGUUGUCUAAAUGCACAGUUCUUAUGAGCUAUCAAACCAGUUUUAAUUUGGGUUUGUUCCUUCUAGAAAACAAAGUGUAAAAAUGUUUUACUUAUGUUCCAGGAGCUAUCUGAAAUCCUUCUACCUACCCCAAAUUCUGCACUAAAAGUACAUGUGAUGAUUAUUUUGUCUCUCCUUUUUUUUUUUUUUUUUUUUUGGGUGGCAGGGAGAGGUGUGGUUUUAGGUUUUGGGAGGGGGGGGAGUUGUGGAUUUUUUGGGUUUUGCUUUUGGAACUUCUAAACUACCUAAUAUUUGCUUCACAGCAUCCAGCAGCAGUGUGUUUAGCUCACCCAGCCUCCUCCAGAGCCAACAGUGGCCUGUCCAGUCAUUUUGUCUAGUUCGUCAUAUUUGCAGCAGUUGUACUUUAGAAUAAGCCUUGUGUGAUAUUUACUUUUGAGCAAGUAAACCACAAAAAUAAGUUUGUUUUCUUUUUUUGUUUAUUUGGGUUUGGAAGAUGGUCAGGUUUUGUUUUGAUAAGUGUCAUUCUGUGUUGCAUUUGUCUAUUCACCCUUGCUGAAGAGAAAAUCCAUCUGUGUGUUUGAGAGUUCAGUGGAAUAUUAGGAGAAGAAAUGAAGCCCAUCAUCUGGGCAUGGAUGUUGGAUCUAGGGGGGAAAAUGGACCAAACUUGGGUGUUGGGUUAUUUGGGGAUGGUGGGGGGUUGUGAGGGCAUAAUUUAAAUUAAUUCUGUCUAAAAUAAAGUGUAAGUGCAAUAAAUGUGCUUUUUUAUUCAAAGCUGUGAACCUUUAGGAAAAAAAAAACAAAAACAAAAAAGUCAACCAAAAAAAAAAAGCACAUCAUUCUUUCAUGAGCCUUGUGUCCUACCUGCCUCCCCUUCCUCUCCCUCUCCACAGUUCUCAACGGACAGAAACCUGACAGUGGCCAACUUGCAUGUGUUGGCAACCCAAAUUAACAUUGCUGUUCUGAUCUCAUUGAUGGGAUUGGGGAAAGUCCUGCCCCCUACUUCUCUUCCACUCUUGAAAUCUUCUUGGGCUCCAGUACUGCCCUGUGCCUCUAGAGCAGGAUCUGUCACUACCUGGGAUGCAGGAGCCAGCCCAUCUGCUCUGUGUCAUCCUGACUCCAAAUGCAGCGUUCCUCCUGGCCCUGCAUUCUCCAGGUGGAACCCUCCUCCCGCCCUCCCUGUGGGUGCAGUGAAGGCUCUCCUGGGCUGGGCAGUGACAUUGUUCUCGAGCAAUGGAAAAAGGAAUCAGCCAUCAGCUGCCUGAUGGGAUCCCCUUUCCUUGCCCCCACACACACAUGCAGGCUGGCCACUGUUGCCUUCUGUGACUCUGCCUUGUUUUGCAGGAGCAGGUGUAGGUGUGUGUAACCUGUUGUGCAUUACUUGCACUUUCUCUUUCUUACUUGAGCACAGGCUGCUUUUCCUAGGUCAGGAAAGGGGCACAGGUCUCCUGGGAUUCCCAGGAGAGCGCCAUGCAUUGAGCAGUGACAGAAGGGGUAGUACUCACUGGCUGGACCCUCUGGGGGAGUAAGAGAGGACUGGCUUAUUUAAAGUUUAUAGAUACCCAGAUCUAUAUCCUUUAAACUUUAUUAUUUUUAUAUAUAGUCAAGACAAUGGCAUUACCUCAUAAUACAGAGGCUUGUUUAUGAGAGGCAAAGUACAUAGUAAGGAGAGGAAAGGGAAAUUUAUAUACAGAUUUGAUUUCUUUUGUUUGUUUGUUCCUUAGUGCAAUGAAAUGUAUGUCCCACCACUUUAAACUCUGUGCUAACACAUUCCUAUCAGCUGUAUUCCUUUUUUUUUUUUUUAUUGACCACCAGAGGUUUGCAAGGGGCUUGUGACUGCAAAGUAGAAGGUCCAGUCUGGUUACUUAAAAAAAAAAAACAACCCAUUGUGUUAAUAGAUUUCCAUAGCUGCUUUUCAAAAUCUACAAUGGAGUAAUUGUUUCGAAACUUGUAUUUAUUUUUUAAUUCAUAACAAAAUGUUUAUUUUUGGUUUCCUGUUAGGUAGGUCAUGGCAACUCCCCUUUGUUCCUUCUCAAGUUUCCCCUGUAAUUGCCAAUACAACUUAUUUUUCUUGUUUGUUCCUUCUCCCUUUACUUUUGUUGUCCCUUCAUUUGUACUUUGGAGUUUUUCUCAUGUAAAUUUGUACAAUGGGAAAUAUUGUCCAGUUUGGUUAGAGAGCAUGGAGACUUAAAACAUAUUAAAAUUUGAUAGCUGAAUUCAGAUUGAAGAAAACUAUUUCAGUGUAAAGUUAUUUAAAGAACUCUGUAUUAUAUGAAAGGCAAAAAGUUCUAUGUACUUGAUGUGAAUAUGAGAAUACUGCUAUAAUAAAGAUUGACUGCAUGGAAAAGUC